AGAACUUAAUUAUAAAAAAAAAAAUCCCAAAAUAUUAGCCCUUCUUUCUCUCUCUUAUCCGCUCCUCUCUCCUUGGUCUGUUCUGCCGCCGCCGUCGCCGUCGCCGUUCUCUCCUCCGCCAGAUUUUAUAAUCUCCGCGACCGUCGACAUUCAUUCAAUCCUCCGGUUGUUAGUUUGGUGUGAAGUUUCCGGAAACCGCUUGAGAUUUCUGUUUGAGCUAUUGACCUGGAAGCUUUUCUACUUAGAGACCUGGAAAUUUUCUACUUGGUGUGCCAGUUGGAGAGUUGAGAAGCCUCAAGGGUCAAGAUAAAUAAAUACAUUGUAUUGUGGGAACUGCUAUCUAGAUAUUAUCCCAAGGAGCUUUAUACCCGAAGACUGGGUCUUCUAAUCAAUGUUAGAAAGUGAUAUGGCCAUUAUAACACCAGAGAUGAUGAAAUCCUAUAUAUGGCUUGAAACUGCUGAUGGAUCAAUCCAACAAGUGGAACAAGAGGUUGCAAUGUUCUGUCCCAUGAUAUGUCAAGAAGUGGUACAAAAGGGUGCUGGAUCUUCUAAAAACAAUGCAAUAUCGCUUCCACAGCGAGUCAAUCCAGCCAUGUUAAGCCUGAUUUUUGAUUACUGCAGAUUUCAUCAAGUAUCUGGACGUUCAAAUAAGGAACGUAAACUUUACGAUGAAAAAUUCAUCCGGAUGGAUACAAAGAGGCUCUGUGAGUUGACCUCAGCCGCUGACAGUUUGCAGUUGAAGCCUUUGGUUGAUCUGACUAGUCGUGCGCUUGCACGGAUUAUUGAGGGGAAAUCUCCUGAGGAGAUACGCGAAAUAUUUCAUUUGCCUGAUGACCUGACUGAGGAGGAGAAAUUAGAGCCUCUGAAGAACACAAUGGAUGAUCCGCGUAUUCGACUGUUGAAUAGAUUGUAUGCUAAAAAGAGAAAGGAGUUGAAAGAAAGAGAGAAACUCAAGGCUAUUUCCAUGUCCCAGAGUAUAGAGGUUGAAGAUCGUGUUGAUGAGCGUUCUGUGGAUGACCUUUUAUCGUUUAUUAAUGGCAGAGAUCCCAAGGUGGUGAAGACUUCCAAGAGCAAAAAGAAGAACAAGAAAAGGAAGGAGCAUAAGAAUGGUAGAUCAAAUGGAACAUGCGAAGCUUCCGAGAAGGAUUCAGAUAAUUUGCAUUCCAAAGAACGAAAUGCUAAAAUUGUUGAUGAGUCCGCGUCCAGCUUGGGAGGGGUAUCUAACUUAGGUAGUAUGGAAGAUGACAUUCUUACACCAAAGGCUGAGUUUGAAGAUGGGUAUAUAGAUGAUGAAUUUGAUCCCGUUUUGAAGGAAAUGCUUGAUAGAGAAGUAGAGGAUUUUGCUCGGAGAUUGAACUCUAGUUGGGUUCUAUCAUUAGGACAAGAAAGGCAGCCUGUGCACUUUUCCAUAAACGGCAAUGGGACUACAAGGCGAUUGACAGGCAGAGCCGGGCUGGCCAGAAGCUCAUGAAUCAUGUGCUUGGAAGAGCCGAUAAGUUCAAAAAGUUGUUAGAGGCCAAUUUGUGAAUGGCCGAGACUUUUUUUUGUCUUGUUUAACAUCUGGGUGGGUCUAAAGUUUGAAUCUAUGAAGCUAUGUUUUUUUUUUUUAUCAUUUUGCUUUACUCAAAAAGUUGGCAAAUGUUCUUUUCUUUCGACAUUUUUUUUUCUCCUUAAUUUUUUUUGUCUUUGAAACUAGGCUUUGUAGUUUUGACAUUUUCUUAAACUGAAAAUAGUUUUAAAUAAAUGAUAAGAGCCCAAAUAUCAAAUUACUUGAUAAAAAGAU